AUGUCCUUAUAUAACUACUUAUCAAAAAUAUUUUUAAGCAACAGCUCACGAUAUACUUUUGGAAUUAGGAGUUUUCAUACAACACACGUGCAACAACUGUACGCUCCAUCUGCGCUAGGAAUCGAUGGUUACUUACAAACUAGGAAAAGAAUAAGAGAACAAUUUGCCAACUUUUCUGAUAAAUUUAGAACCAAAAUGUUAGAUUUUGUAAGUGAUUCGAAAAACAUGAUUUUUACUGAAGAUUUAAAGAACAUGGUGCAUUUAGCAGAGCCAACAGAUUUGGAACUAGUUACUAAUAUGAUUAAAAAGUUUAACACACAGAAAACAGAAUUCAGAUUUGGUUCUUUCAUAUUUGGUCCAGUCAUUAUGAGAAUGUUUCACUUUUUAGAUGCACCCAAUGAAGCAUUGAAGUGCUUCGAGGACCCUGACAAUAAUGGUUUCUUUGAUCAACUGGUGUCCUAUCAGAUAUUACUCGACCUGCUCUAUAAUAAUGAAAUGUUUGAUGAAAUGUACAGGGUGUUUGAAAAGGUUCAAGAGAAACAAUUGAAUAUGACAAAGUUUCCUAAAUAUCCGGUAGUAUUAAUAUUGGCAGCAUGUUAUAAACAGAAUACACCAAAGAGUUUUGAAUAUGCAACAAAGCUAUGGUCAGACAUGAUAAAUGUUGGUAUUGUUCCAUUGAGGAGGGCAUCAACUUUUUUCGGUGGUAUCAUGUAUAAUAAUUAA